AUGGAAGAUUUGCUGGCGCCUGCUCGAGUCACUCGACGAUCAACGGGAGUACAGGUGAUACAGCAUAAUCUCAGUAUCCACGAUAUCGACCAGGAACGCGAUCGUAUUAUUCAACAGUUUCAAGCAAGUGCAAACAAGACCAAUGGAUCAAAAGUCGCGAAGAGACGACUCUUUGCAGGAACACCGGAGUGCAAUCACCAAAUCACACCCGAACUUUUAAGCUUCUGUGGAAAGACGACAAAAGAAGAUCUUAAGGAGCAGCAGUAA